CUCCUACCUGGACCUCCACACCCCGGGUUUACACCCUAACCUGAUCUGGAUCCAGGUGAUGAACCAACAGAUCUGGCCUCUGUGUUCACACCUGCUUUAUUUGAUCUGUUCUUGUUCUCCUCACUGAGAUCGGAUCCAUCGGCAAAACCUGCAUGUGAGUAACGUGAAGUAGCGCUGAGUUCCCCCCAGACUCCCUUUAAAAAUCCCAUCGUUUAGCGAGUUGUUGAGUUAGAGGAAACUGUACAAACUCUGUGAAACGCAGUCUACGACAGAUUUUUAAUUAUGUGUCGUCUCUUGUAAAUUCGGCCGAUGCAACACGUGAAGUUAGUCCCUGCUUUGUGUAAAUAAUGUUGAGUCUUGGUUCAGUUUCACAGCUGGACUUGUAGUAACGUUUCCAGGGCUGCAGGAGAGGACACAGUAAAGUUGGGCUGGUAGUUUACUCUUUGUCCUGAUGAGGGAAGGGUGGAGUAGGACUCGCUCUUAAACAUUAUAUUGUUUGGAAAAGGUCAGACAGCCUUUUACUUCCUCCAGGACCUCUGGUUAUUAUGGAGGAGGGUCCAUCUGCAUUUCCCCAUUCAGUCGGGGAGGAAACCUCUCCGGGGAGGGUCAGGAUAAAACAAAUAGAGCAAAUAAGUAAAAAAUGAGACGUGUUACAUUAAUUACUGGGUGUAAUUAGAGCUACAAUCAAUCGAUUAAUUGAUUAUUGAAGUAGUUGUUCGAGCUGUAGUUUUCAGAGGAAGCAGUUUGUUAUACUUGUUGAGGCUGUAUUGCUGAUCAUAGACACGCAGAAAUUGGUAGGAACAGGUAGAAUCUGGAGAAUAAAGUUGGUGCGAUAAAGAAACCAGCGGAGGAGUUGCUUAGUGUUUUAUUCUGAAAGGCCGCACCGGAAGUGUGGUGCGGUGUAUUCUGGGUAGCUUUGAGCUGGCUCGUUUCCUGCUUCCUCUCGGUCCCGUUUCAGUGGAACCCAGUCCGGAACCCGCGGCCCCGGUGAACCCAGUGAGCCCAGCAGAGUACCGCAGAGCGCGAGGAGCCCGCAGGCUCCGUUACAGCACCGGGACAGACGGCGGGAAAAUGGCGAAGACGUACGACUAUCUGUUCAAACUGCUGCUGAUCGGGGACAGCGGCGUCGGUAAGACCUGCCUGCUGUUCCGGUUCAGCGAGGACGCCUUCAACACCACCUUCAUCUCCACCAUCGG